AUUUAUACUUGACUUGAGUAGAUCCAAGUGAAACAAGAUGAUAAUUAAGUUUGGUCUAGUUAAUAAUUUCGUAGCAGGAGUAGCUGCAGCGGGAGUGAUGGCCUUUAUGUUCGGCACUGCUAUCAGUUGGUCUUCACCAGUCGUUCCAAAACUACAAAAUUUGACGGAUGAUAACCCGUUCGGCAAAAUAGCGACUACAAAUGAAAUUUCCUGGAUGACAUCUUUGAUGGUACUUGGAUCCUGCGUGGGUUGUUGGAUAUAUGCAUAUAUGGCCGAUAUAUUAGGAAGACGAUUCACCAUGUGUGCCGUAGGAGUUCCCAUACUUGCUAGUUAUUUAUUAAUGGCAAUAUUUAGAAGUAUUCCGGUAUAUUAUAUAGCUAGAUUCAUGACAGGUCUAGGAUUAGGAGGCGGGACCGUUAUACAAGUAACCUUUUUAAGUGAAAUAUCGAGUAAAACUAACAGAGGUUCUGCUUCUACAAUUGGAGGUAUGUUGCUUGGUGUAGGAGCUUUGGCCAGUUAUUGUAUUGGGCCAUGGGUUUCAGUAACAACUUUGAACAUCAUUUUAGCUGUCAAUCCUUUACUUGCUAUUUUGACAGCGUUCUUGUUUUGCGAAGAAACGCCGUACUACUAUCUUAUGAAGAAUCAAGAAAACUUAGCUAAAAAUGCUUUAAAAACAUACAGAAAUCCAGGCACAAACAUUGACGAAGAAAUCAAAGAGAUAAAGGAGCAAAUCGAGCAACAAAACUCUGGAAAAUUAAUAGAAGUGCUUAAAACUAAAGCUUUUAAAAAAAGUUUUAUUAUAGCAAAUGCGUUGCUCAUUUUCCAACAAUUUACUGGUAUUAAUGGUAUAACUAUGUACAGCCAAACCAUAUUUUCUAAAACAGGCUCAACUUUAUCACCCGCAAUUUGCUCAAUUAUUCUCGGGGUUCUUAAUCUGGCUAGUGGUUCCAUAGCUCCGUUUGUAGCCGAAAGAUUUACUAGAAGAUUUCUUUUAAUACUUUCAGCCUUAGGAAUGAUUAUUUGUGAGUCCGUUUUGGGAAUAUAUUGUGUUUUAGACGAUGCAGGAAAAGUGUCGUCUUCACUAAAAUUUUUACCCAUCAUUUCCUUAGCCGGAUUCAUGUUCACAUAUAACUUUGGAGUUGGCCCUCUUUGCUGGGUUGUUAGUGGCGAGGUAUAUGUUACAAGGGUAAAAACAUUUGCUAUGUCCUUCUCAGUAUUUAUUUACUACGUUAUAGGAUUCUUUAUUGCUCAAUACUUUAAUCCAGUAAGCGAAGCAAUUGGAAUAGGAGCUGUGUUCUUUAUUUUUGCUGGUUGUUGCACUGGAUUUAUAUUAUUUGUGGUAUUCUAUGUUAUCGAAACUAGUGCUAAAACGUUGGAGGAAAUCCAAGAUGAACUAAAUCGAUAG